GGAGUUAACAUGUCGGGAAAUAAGGACAGUGACGGGGGAUGGAGUAAAUUUCUGUGGAAUUCAGAGAAGAGAGAGUUUCUAGGACGAACAGCAGGCAGUUGGUUUAAAAUCACCUUGUUCUACGUGAUCUUCUACGGAUGCUUGGCUGGGAUUUUCAUCGGGACCAUUCAGGCGCUGCUGCUCACGCUCAGCGACUACAAACCCACCUAUCAGGACAGAGUGGCCCCGCCAGGCCUGUCCCAUACCCCUUUCUCUGAGAAAUCUGAAAUUUCUUUCAAACUGAGCGAUAAGGACUCAUAUCAGAAGUACAUCAAUAGCAUGGACAAACUGCUUGAAAAAUACAACCCGGAAGGUCAGACGGACGACAUGAAAUACGAAAACUGCGGCGAAACCCCCUUCCCCUACAAAGACCGCGGCAGCCUGGACGACAAGCAGGGGCAGAAGAAGGCCUGCCGCUUCCCCCGGACCUGGCUCAACAGCUGCUCCGGCCUGUCCGACAAAGCCUACGGGUUCGACGUGGGCAAGCCCUGCAUCAUAGUCAAGCUCAACAGGAUCGUCAACUUCAGACCACGGGUUCCUGAGAGCAAUCAGUCCAUCCCAGAAGGUCUGCAGGGCAAAUCAUACGACAACCUGGUCCCCAUUUUCUGCAAAAAUAAGAGGGAGGAGGAUGCGGAUAAGAUUGGAGAGAUCAAGUACUUUGGCUUCGGCGGUGGUUUCCCGCUGCAGUAUUACCCGUACUACGGCAAGCGCCUGCACCCCCAGUACCUGCAGCCUCUGGUGGCCCUGCAGUUCGUCAACCUCACCCUGGGCCAGGACCUGCGCAUCGAGUGCAAAGUUUACGGCGGGAACAUCGACUACAGCGAGAAAGACCGCUACCAGGGACGCUUUGACAUUAAAUUCAACAUAAACUCGUGA